CUUCUUUCAUUUUUGUACACGAGAAUUGGUUGGAAAUUUAGAAAAAUAAUAUCUAGUUUGAGGAGGAGUUUUACAAAAACACAGACAUGUUUUACCAUAUAUCUUUGGAACAUGAAAUCUUAUUACACCCGAGAUAUUUUGGACCCAACCUGCUCAACACUGUGAAGCAGAAGCUUUUUACUGAAGUAGAGGGAACCUGCACUGGCAAGUAUGGCUUUGUCAUCGCAGUCACCACCAUUGACAAUAUCGGGGCAGGCGUAAUCCAACCAGGCAGAGGCUUUGUCCUCUAUCCUGUGAAGUACAAGGCCAUCGUCUUCCGGCCGUUUAAGGGAGAAGUGGUAGAUGCUGUGGUCACUCAGGUUAACAAGGUUGGGUUGUUCACAGAAAUUGGCCCAAUGUCUUGCUUCAUUUCUCGCCAUUCCAUCCCCUCGGAGAUGGAGUUUGACCCCAAUUCUAAUCCCCCUUGCUAUAAGACCGUUGAUGAGGAUAUUGUAAUCCAGCAAGAUGAUGAGAUCCGUUUGAAGAUUGUGGGCACCAGGGUUGACAAGAAUGACAUUUUUGCAAUUGGAUCUCUAAUGGAUGACUAUCUGGGUCUUGUGAGCUGAUUCAAGAUUCAGGGCUCAUCAUAUGUGGAUUUUUCAGCAUCAGUUCCCUUGUCUUUGUACAUAUGUCUUUUUUACACUCUCUGUAUGGUAUAGUGACUACUGUUAAAGCACCAUAAUCAUUUUAUCUUGUUGUACUUUACAUCCUACAUUUUCUUUUGUUGUAAUGCAAGAAUGCAAACGAAUACUGAUGUCAGAAUCAUAAUAUUUAGUUAGCUAAUGUUAGCGUAUGAUUGUGGCCAACAGAAGAGUACUUUUUUCAUUUAGGAACAUAAAAUGUUGAUGUUUUUGUUUGUAAUAUUUUUUUUUGUAUAAUGACAUCAAUAAAGUAUUUCGUUUUCUC